AUGUCGUCCAUGGCGUCCAAUUUUAUUUCCAGGUUUGCUGUUCCGCUUGGCCUCGGUGCGCUUUGCGUGCAAGCGAGCAUAUAUGAUGUUCCCGGUGGGUACCGCGCGGUGAUGUUUGAUCGCUUUACCGGUGUAAAGAAAACAGCAAGCGAUGAGGGUACUCAUUUCUUGAUUCCUUGGCUGCAAAAAGCAGUCUUGUUUGACGUCCGUAUUAAGCCAAGGACGAUUUCGACCACGACGGGCUCCAAGGAUCUGCAAAUGGUUACCUUGUCUCUGCGUGUCCUUUCCAGGCCGGACAUUCCUGACCUUCCGCGCAUUUACCAAAACCUUGGUCAAGAUUAUGACGAGCGUGUCCUGCCGUCGAUCGGCAACGAAGUACUCAAGGCGACGGUUGCGCAGUUCGACGCUGCGGAACUCAUUACCCAGCGUGAAGUAGUCAGCGCACGCAUUCGCGAAGACCUGCUGAAUCGCGCACGCGAGUUUAAUAUCGUUCUGGAGGAUGUCUCUAUCACCCAUCUCACGUUCGGUCCCGAGUUCACCAAGGCCGUCGAGCAAAAGCAAAUUGCGCAGCAAGACGCUGAGCGUGCCAAGUUUGUCGUUGAAAAGGCCGAGCAGGAGCGUCAAGCGUCGGUGAUCCGCGCUGAGGGUGAGGCUGAAGCUGCGUCUUUGAUCACACGCGCACUGCAAAAGGCCGGUGACGGGAUCCUGACGUUCCGCCGAAUUGAGGCGGCGCAAGAUAUUGCCAAGACGCUAAGUGAAUCACGCAAUGUGACUUACUUGCCGCACGGCAACAAUGUAUUGCUCGGCAUGAACCAACAGCAAAUAUAG